AUGCCAUUGCGACCAGACACUCUAAUGACAUGUACAGCAUUAAACGAAAUUCUGAACUUGCAUGGCAAUAGUAUCAGACUAAUUGAUGUUCGCACCUUAAAUGAGUAUAUCGGGAAAACGACUGGCUAUUCCUAUGUUAAAAUCGCUGGCCGUAUUAAGGGAGCCAUUUAUGAUCAAACCGAUGGUAUCUUUGGAAGAAUCAGUAACCAGACAGCAGCGUAUGAUAAUAAAACAUUUAUUUUUCCACACUCGAACUAUUUUCAAGAAAAAUGGUUAAAUAUCGGUUUAGACAGUGAGGUGAAUAGUUUUUCUAAACUCGUGUUUAUGUGUGGAACUGGCUGGAGAGCAAGUUUAGCAGCAAUUUAUGCUGAAUAUUUGGGUUUUAAAAAUGUUGCUGUUCUUGAUUCAGGUUGGUAUGAAUGGUCAGAAAGAUUCUAACUGAAUAUUUCAUUAAAUAGUAAAAAAGUUUUAUGUACCACUAUUGGUCCAUUUGUGUUUUCUUUUUACCAUAAAACUAUUUUAAGUUUUUAGCUUUUACUUUCCUAGGUUUCUAUACAACCUGACUAUUGUCCAUCCAAAAAAAGAAUGGUAUAUGACUGUUUUUUGAAUAACUUUCGAUAGGAAAAAGCUAAAGAGCUUCAAUUUUCACCAUUCGAAAGAGGAGACUUGGGGACAUGUUUUCAUAACCA